AUGGCCCUUGAGCUGAACAGCUGCACGCUGGAGGAGCUCUUGGCGAUAGGCCUGGAUGCCGAGGCUGCGCAGCGGCUGCUGCAGUUCCGGCCUUACCAAUGCCUGGACGAAGCCCAGAAGGUCCAGGACAGGAGCGCUGCUUCGUCUUUGGCGGGCUGCUCUGUGUUACCAUCUUCGGUGACGGCCGGUCACAGAGUCUUGCAGUGCUACGAAGACAUGAAGCUGCUGCUGCCGGGAGGCAGUGAGAACGUCUUGCGCGCGUGGUUCGGAGAUCCCGAGUUCCCGUGGAAGGAUGAGAUUGGCAAGGGAGCUUCCUGCACCGAUGCUGUGAAAGAGGUCCUCCGGGCAAACCGUCCUCUUAUCACCUCCUGUGCUUGCCUGGGAUGCGAUCCCGUUCCUGGUGUGUGGAAGCAAUUCAGAGUUGAGCUCAUGACUUUGGAUGGCUACACUGCCGAGGAACCCUUUUACCCCAAGUUGUAUGAGACUGUGGAGGAGGUCCCCUCCUACCCUCAAUGGGUGGCCUUCGUGCGACACGCACAAGCUGGCCACAACGUCGACCGUGCCUUGAUCGAGAAGCCCGACAACCCCCUGACCGAAGUCGGUGUUGCGCAGGCUCUCAAGGCGAAGGAGGGGCCUGCCGGUGCUGCAGUUCGCGCAGCGGAGCUCGUGGUGACCAGCCCGCUGAAACGGGCCAUGCAGACAGCGGGCCUUCUUUUGGGUGGGUCAGGCCAUGCUGAGGUGGACUCUGGGAUAAGCGAACGAUGGAGCGCACCCUGCGACGAGGGGACAGCCAAGUCUGAGCUGGUUCUUGCAAGACAUCCUGGACUAGAGGAAAUCUCGGAGUGGAAGGGCCAUGGCCUCACGGAAGCUGUCACAUCCAGCCCGUGCUCAUGA